AUGUCUUCCGCAGAGUCUGAUGGUAACCGACAGCCGGGGCUCAUCGCCCUUUGUGUCGUGAUGCUCAUCUUGGCUGUAGUAUCGGUCGCCCUCCGAUGCUGGUCCAUCUGGGGCUCGCCCACCCACAAGUUUGGUUAUGACGACGCAUUUGCCAUCCUGACAUUGCCUUUCAUUAUCGCCGAAUCAGCCCUUAUAUUCUACUGGAUCUCCCUGGGGUUAGGCCGUCAUUCAGCCACAUUACCCAUCAGCAAUCAACUAGAGGGCCCCAAGAUUGUCUUCGCCGCCGCCUACUUAUACGAUGCAUGCAUUACCUUGCCCAAGUUAUCGGUGCUCUGCUUCUACGACCGAGUGCUCAGACGUGGAGCCAGCUGGCUCCGCCCUACGAUCUGGGUGGUCGGUACGCUUUGCGUUUGCUGGCUGAUCGGGGCCUGGUUGGCGACCACCUUCCAGUGUACGCCCAUAGAUGCCUCCUGGGAAGUCGUCCCCAACGCCAGAUGCUUCAAGCAGUGGAAAUUCUUUACUGGGACUGCUGCGCCCAGCGCGAUCCUGGAUUUGAUCAUCCUGUUAAUCCCGCUGCCACUUCUAUGGUCGUUGCACAUGACCAAGGCGAAAAAGGUCUUGUUAACUGGCCUUUUUAUUUGCGGUUACUCAGUGGUCAUCGUGUCUGUCGGUCGCCUCAUUACUCUCCUCAAGGCCGGCUCGGCCUUGGAAGCCGAUCUGACUUGGAGCACCAUCGAAUAUAUCUGUUGGGUGCAGUGUGAAGGCCCGAUCUCUCUCAUGUCCGUCUGCCUCCCUAAUAUUAUGGAACUCGCACGCCGCCUAAGACGCAGGAAUAUGCAACAGAGCACCGGUGCAUUGUCAUUGUCUGUGAGCAAGCAAACGGCGUCGGACUUGUUAAGUUGCAACCGAUCAUUCCGUCCCAUCGAAGAAGAUAGAGAGGCCAUCCUGAUGGACAUGCACUCGGGUACUCCGAACAGAUAUCACACUCAAAUGACCAUCGACGCCACACGAUCGGUCUCGGAGCGGGAUAGUGUCUGA